AUGAGGUCUUUUCUUCAUUUGAAAUCAAACACCCACAAUCCCAAUUAUGUCAUUAUCAGCAUGGCAUUAAUACAAUCAGAGAUUUAUUGGAUCUGGUCUGUUUUGUAUUACGUCUUCCAGUCAGGAUUAGCGACACAACGAUCACUUGUCCAUGGCACAUCAGCAAAAAAACAAAGGAGCCGAUUUCGAUCGCAAUCUGCGCCAGCUUCUCCUGCAAACUACGUUUUGAAAUCUGACGAUUUUGUUCAGCUCAAUGAAGGAGAACAAGAAAUUGCAAUGCGAAGAUCGAGCCUGCCGGCGCCAAGCACUAGUGAAGCAAGCAUUCGUCAAAGACCCUCUGUUCAUGACGAGCAAAAAGGAACCACCUGUCCUCCCAUUUGGUGGCAAAAGACUAGAGUCAAAUUAGGCCGUGCGCCUGUUCAUGGAGAUGCCAAGAUCAUUACCGAUUUACCCAAACAAAUAGAAUCACCACUAAGCACACCUUCUCCAUCAUCCCUACAUGUCAAAGAGCCCAGUAAUUCUCCUGUCGUUAAACGCAACAACGCCACGCCUCUAUCUGUAACACCCAAUGUAAAUAGUCCAUUACUGACACCUAGAUCGAGCACAUUUCCUCUUUCUUCGUCACUUUCCAACCCAAAUAACUCAGUUUCUCCCCCCUUCAUAUAUACCAUCAAUGAAGAAGAGGUAAACCUUUCAUGGCAGGCCAGCGAAGGUAGUGUACCAGCAAUACCAGAACAUCAACAACAGCAACGUGUGAAGAAAUUCAUGUCAAAACUGAACACGGCCUUGAAAAGCAUUCCCCACCACCACCGUAGAAACAACUCUUCAAACUCCAAAACGUCCCUUAAAAAAUAA